AUUUCCGACAGCACCUGAAAGCAGCAGUCGCAGCUAGUGGGCAAGGCCAAAAAACCUCCACCAUCAUUCUUAACCAGCUGCCGCCGACUGCAGCUACAUUUUCUGUUCUCAGGAAAAAGAUCGUCUGAACAGCAAUAAGUAAGAGGGGGCAUUAAAGUGAACGUCUUUGUUUCAGAGAGGCCAGUCAGAAGAGCCUGAAGUAAAUCAGCACAAAAACAGACAGAGCCAUGGUGGAGUACUACCAGAUAUUGGGAGUCCAAAGGAAUGCAUCACAGGAGGACAUCAAAAAAGCUUAUAGAAAAUUGGCAUUGAAAUGGCAUCCUGAUAAGAACCCAGACAACAAGGAAGAGGCAGAGAGACGGUUCAAAGAGCUGUCAGAGGCUUAUGAAGUCCUGUCAGAUGAAAACAAAAGGAGUCUUUAUGACCGAUAUGGAAAAGAUGGCCUCAAUGGAGGAGGAAACCAUUACGAUAACUUCAGCCAUAGUGGCUUCACAUUCCGUAACCCAGAGGAUGUUUUCAGGGAAUUCUUUGGUGGGAGAGAUCCGUUUGCAGAUUUGUUUGCUGAUGAUCCCUUUGAUGACUUCUUUGGAGGCCGCAGUCGUCAAAGAGGUGCGCACAGGAGCCGGAUGGGUGGGUCGCUCUUUGGUUUCGGCGGCGUCCCAGCGUUUGGGCCUGGCUUCUCAGGGUUUGAAUCAGGUUUUAGCUCCUUUGGCGAUAUGGGUGGUGGAGGAUUUACUUCCUUUUCUUCCUCUUCGUUCGGCGGCAACGGAGGAGGGAUGGGCAACUUCAGAUCUGUGUCAACCUCUACCAAGAUUGUCAAUGGCAGGAAAAUCACCACAAAGCGGAUUGUGGAGAACGGCCAGGAGCGGGUAGAAGUGGUGGAAGAUGGUCAGUUAAAAUCCCUUACAGUUAAUGAUAUCGCCCCCCAAGACCCAUUUGAGGAGGAGUUUCGCAGCCGCAGACAAAACAUGCUCCCCGGUUUGGGCCUCCACCAGCGCUACCUGAGGAACUCCGCCCAGAACCCCUCUGAGGAAGAGGAGGAGAAUGGCCCGCAGAGCCUGGGACUAACGAGAGGACAUGUGGACACCAAGAGGAAGAAACUGUGGCUGAAGGAGGCAGAAUCCAAAAAGAAGCGAGCUCCUCGACAUUUCCCUCGUUUCAGUGGAUUUGGUACCUAUUUUUGAACAGUUCUCAGUUAUAUUUGGCAGAUGCGCCUUCAGCUGUAUGUGGCAUUAGUUUGUUUUGGCUAAAAUUCGGAGGCGCUACUCCUCUGCUGCUGCAUCAUAGUUCCCUUUUUUCUAUUAACUGCAGCAAUGAGAAUUAUGUCUCUCCUGCUUGUAUUAACCAAAACCAUUCUCUUUGAGCCCUUCGCUUAAUAUUUAAAUUUGUACAGCAUUCGUUGUAGUUUACUAGUUGGCAGUGGUGGUUCUUGCAUGAACGGGGCCUUAGCUGAGACCCAACCAUUAAAAUGUAGGAAAUCAUCUAUAUUCUGAGGUGGAAUAAAUUGCAAUGGAUUUCCACACAAAGCAUGUAAACGUCUCCCGUUCUCCAACAGGAAGCAGGAGACACCAGCUCUGAAUUGAAUGUACAUGAAUAAAAGCAAUAGAAAACUUGUUCAAGGUGCAAAUGCGAGGUUUUCAGGUUUAAUUUAAUUUUAUGUUUUUUACCUGAUGCUUGUGUG